GUCCGGUGUCGACGACUGGGUCGGAGGGAGUUGCUUCUGUUACAAGUAGCGUUACGGAGUCUCAAUCUCAGUCUCCCAGUUCCAUGCCAGAAGCCAGCGGAGAUGAAGAUGAAGAUCAAGAUUCCAGUUCGCUCAGCGCAGGGGGAGUUGUAGGUGUGUCACUUGCCUCGGGGCUAUCAGGAUCCUUCCUCAUCGGAAUCGCCAUAUUCUUCUGGUGGAGGAAAAUGCGACGCAAGCGCAAAGAAGCAGAUGAUGCGUAUUACUUCGAAAUCGGAGGAAGAAUGUCAGAGCCUCCAGACUUUGACGCACCACCUCCUCGACGGCCGACUCCCGGCCCUAAUGGUUACCGCCCGCAACCUCCGCCCAAAUCUCCAGAUCAGAUCCCGACCAUGGAGACGUCGAGGUUGAUGUCGCCAUUUCUGCCUACGCCGAGACCCGUGAAUCCGAAUGCGAAUCCGGCUGUUGUUGUGACGGACGUGGAUGAUGAUUAUCAUCAUGAUGGGGGAGGUGGGUUUGGUGAGGAUCCAGAACGGACUGCGCAUGCGUUACCGCAGUUUCUGUUUGAUGAAGUGGACACGCCGCGGAGCGUUCCUGCAACUCAACGGACGAGAUCUGAUCAGUUGCUACCGGAGAAACCAGAGUUGUUGCCCGAGCCAUUGAAAUGGGAUCGCCCUAGACCUUCGAGAUCGAAUAGCGAUGCGUUUACCAUGUUCGAAGAAGAUGUCCCACGACCCAAGGGUCAUCUCUCUAAUGGAUACCCUAACUUCUCUGGCCCGCUAGGCCCCAGGCCAAUGAAUAGUAAAAGACCAAUGGCUGGACUACCAGCUAACCCUCGAGCCAUGAUGUAUGGCUUCGGAUCACAGGAUCACUUACCACCUAAACGGAGUCAAGAUAGUCUUUUGAGGCCGACUUAUCUCCAACCCGAGCCCAGGCCAUCUUCUUUCAUAACAGCAACACCAGGGCGUUGUUCACAGUCAUCUAUGUCGGAUGACGGCUACGACGAUAACUAUUCCUACUGGCAAGACUACGACACCAACCAACCUCGACCACCAGCUCGCAUCGCAAACCGCCGUUCCUACCCCAGCCCAUCAACCGAAAGUUGGAGCAACACCGGAUUCGACUACAGCGGUCUCGAAUCACCCCGAAUAUCCCGCCACUCAGGCAUCCUCAAACCACUCACACCCGUCCGCGAAGAAAGCAGAACCCCAACACGCAGCCUCUCCAACCCUAGUCUGCAGGGCCGGAUAGGGUUCUCCACGGGGAGUCCGCAACAGCGCUUCUACCACCCCAAUCCCCAAACCCCCAAUCUCGAACCAACACGUGAAAUAGUCUCCAGACCGCGUAUCGUCCGUCAGCAUGAUAUUAAGCGAGUUGAGAUCCGCCGUGGCAAGUCCCGGGAGAUUAACACACCUGUUAUAAGUUCUCCUUAUUCACCCGAUGAUUAUUGGAAUGAGCCUAGUCGAAACUCCCUGACGCAGGUCACUACUGGUGGUAGUAGCACUAUGACUACCCCGACGUCAUUGUCAAUUGGUACUUCUAUUCCCACCGUUGAAAAGACUAUCACUCGUAAACCUGCCAAGAGACAGUCAGUGUUUGAGCGUAAUUUGACGCCGUCGAAGGAGGGUGCGGAUUUGAUACUACGGGUGGAUUAAUGGAAUUUUUCUAAAUGACUUAUGAUAUGACAUUAGCGACUUCUUGUACAUAAUUACAUAAUUUCCCUUUCCGGAUUUGCUGAGGUGACGUUUUGAUAUUGAUCACUGUGAUCGCCGAUAGUCCCUGGUUGACAUCAGAAACCGGAUUGAGGGCGAUAAGAUGGCUAUCAUUGGUUGGCUAACAUUGUGGUACACCCAGAAUAUUAUUCUUGCCACCGGUCUGACUCUUCUGCC